CUUCACUUUGAACUUCACAACGUUUGAGUCUUUCAACUUCCUCAAAAGUUUCUUCAUCUGGGUUUUGCUUAGAUCAUACAAGUCUAGAAACUGUGUUUAGAGCUACUUGUUUGAGUAUAUAUAUAGAUAUAUUUGGUAUGGAUUGUUCAUCAUGGAUUAACACCUCAUUGGAUCUCAACAUUAAUUCCCACAGGGUUUAUGAAGAUGUUCUUCAAAAAAAGGAGGUGGAAAACAACUUUUUCUCACUAGGAUUAAGGAAGUCUUCGGUGAAAGAAGAGUCCAAUGGUGCCUUGGUGGAGGAGCUGAAGAGGGUGAGUGCAGAAAACAAGAAGUUAACUGAAAUGCUCACAGAGAUGUGUGAGAACUACAACACUUUGCGAAGUAACUUGACGGAAUAUAUGAGGAAUAAUCCUGACAACAAGGAAGUGAUCAGCACAUCAAAGAAAAGGAAGUCUGAAAGCAGUAACAACAACAGCAAUCCAUUGGGAGUAAAUGGGAACUCUGAGAGCAGCUCAACUGAUGAAGAAACAUGCAAGAAACCAAGGGAAGAGACCAUCAAGGCAAAAGUUUCCAAGGUUUAUCACAGGACCGAACCAUCAGACAUAAGCCUUAUUGUGAAAGAUGGAUAUCAGUGGAGAAAAUAUGGACAAAAAGUGACCAGGGAUAACCCUUCACCAAGAGCAUACUUCAAAUGCUCUUUUGCUCCUACCUGUCCAGUCAAAAAGAAGGUACAAAGAAGUGUAGAUGAUCCAUCCAUUCUGGUUGCAACUUAUGAAGGAGAGCACAAUCAUCCAAUCUCUUCACAGAUGGAGGCAACAUCAGGCUCAAAUCGUUGUAUGACCACAGUUUCAGUACCCUGUUCAGCACCAACAGUUACCCUUGACUGGACAAAAUCUAAGUCCAGCUGCAAAGAGUCCAAGAAUAUGAAUCCCAAAAUCCAUUCACCCGAAGUCCCUCAGAUUUUGGUAGAACAUAUGGCUUCUUCCUUGACCAAUGAUCCUAAUUUCAGAGCAGCACUUGUUGCUGCUAUCUCAGGACAAAUGCUGCCAAAAAACUAAGCAGAAAUUGAAUGAACUGUAUUUAACACAAUUGUCAAGUAUUCUAUAAUUGGACCAUUUCUAGAGCAUAGGAUCUUAAUGUAAAUACAACAUAGAAAAAUGGGACAUGUUCCUCAGUUUGAUCUUUGAAGUGGAAAUUGAGUUGCACACUUGCACUCCUUCUGAUGA